AUGGGCCUAUCAUCGUCAAAAGCUGUCAGCAGCAUCGCGGUUUCGUCGAACGGAUCCGGUGCUGAUAAGGGUUGUGGCCGGCUGAACAAGGAUAGUGUUAUCGUCGAGACGAACUAUCCUUCGAUACCAACAGAAAUUCAUCAACCAUGCUCAAUACUGCCCUCGCCAUCCGGUAGCAGUGGCAUUGACACUUGGAAGACGUCUAGUUGUCAUGUUCGGCAGGCCAGCAUACGAUCGCGCAACUUACAGCCUAUGCCGGAUGCCGGGGAGCUCGAUCGACGAUUCGCGAAAGUGUUGGCCUCGAUGGACCUUCCGCCGGACAAGGCUAAAUUACUAAAGAACUAUGACAACGAGAAAAAAUGGGACAUCAUAUGUGAUCAGGAAAUGGUGCAUGCAAAAGAUCCUCCGUCACACUAUCUUACAAAACUGCGAACCUAUCUCGAUCCAAAGGCGUCUCGUAGCCAUAGGAAACGCAAGAUGGUCGGUGAGUCAACAUCGACACAAGUAUUGCGGGACCUUGAAAUCUCCUUACGGACAAACCAUAUUGAGUGGGUGAAGGAGUUCCUCGACGAAGAAAACCAGGGACUCGACGCGCUGAUAGACUAUCUCAGUUUUCGGUUGUCUAUGAUGCGCCACGAGCAACGCAUAUUAGAGGCAAAAUCCGAGUCGGAUGAAGGGCUCACAUCGAAAGACAUCGGGGCGAACAGCUCGUAUGGCAGCAAUGAGACAAACCACAAGUUGACGACGAACGGAUUCAUGCGGCCCGGUCUGGGCGAUAUGAUGGACAGCCCCAGUAUAAAGCGCCGGUCGCGCCACAUCGCCAAAUUAAACAUGGGACUAACAACGGAUGAUAUUCAUGUGUGCAUCAUGUGCAUGCGCGCAAUCAUGAAUAACAAGUAUGGCUUCAACAUGGUGAUUCAACACCGAGAAGCUAUCAACUGCAUUGCUCUGAGUUUGAUCCACAAAUCACUGCGUACGAAAGCGUUAGUGCUGGAGUUGCUAGCAGCGAUAUGUCUGGUGAAGGGAGGGCAUGAAAUCAUUCUGUUCGCGUUUGAUAACUUCAAAAAAGUGUGCUCCGAGCAACGCCGGUUCCAGACGCUGAUGGAAUACUUCAUGAACUACGAGCUGUUCAACAUCGACUUCAUGGUAGCGUGUAUGCAAUUUGUGAAUAUCGUCGUGCACUCGGUGGAGGACAUGAACUAUCGCGUGCAUCUUCAGUAUGAGUUCACCGCUCUCGGAAUGGACGAGUAUCUCGAGAAACUUCGGCUGACGGAAUCGGAGGAGUUGCACGUUCAAAUUUCAGCGUACCUCGAUAAUGUAUUUGAUGUUGCAGCACUUAUGGAAGACAGCGAAACAAAGACGGCUGCCCUCGAACGGGUAAACGAACUAGAAGAUGAGUUGGGACGCGCAUUGGAUCAAGCGAGUGAGAUAGAGCGCGAAGCUCUCUUCAAAAUUGGGGAACUAGAAGCUGAACUAAGUAGGACGCGCAGUGAACGGGACGAUCUGUAUAACAAGCAGCUGGUGGUGGAAGAUGAGAUCGUAAAACUUAAGCGAGCGCUAAAACAACACGAACAAGAAUCUCAAAGUCGACAAUCGAUGCUUCUCGAAUUAGAAAAUCUUACCAAAACGCUUCCGAAGGGUACGUCCAUAGCUGACGUAUCGAAUUUGCUCGCCAAAGGAGGUUUGUCUGAGCUCAGUCCUACCGGAAACAAUUCGGGUGGACAGCAGCAAGCACCACCGAUACCUCCACCACCUGCACCACCAAUUCCGUCUUCAUCCGUAAAUGCCCCAAUGCCUCCACCACCGCCCUGUCCUCCGGCUCCACCCAGUAUGUCUGCGAACGGCACUUGUGAGCCUCCAAAAGCUCCUCCCAAACCGCCGACCUUCAUUCCAGCGCCACCCCCGAUGGGUGGACCUCAUGGUGGCAACAACGCCAUCCACUGUACCGAUGGCGCAAUGACUAUUAAGCGUAAGGUGCAGCCUAAGUAUAAGUUGCCCACUCUCAACUGGGUCGCGUUGAAACCGAACCAGGUCCGCGGAACAAUCUUCAAUGAGCUGGAUGACGAAAAGCUGCACAGACAGAUCGACUUUGUUGACUUUGAAGAACGGUUCAAGAUCGGAAUGGGUGGCCCAGUAAGCAACGGAAACUGUGAUAUGGACGGGCUGACGGCAUUCCCAAGCAAACGAUUUAAAAAACCCGAACACAUUUCGUUGCUCGAGCACACGAGACUAAGAAACAUUGCAAUUUCUCGUAGAAAGCUAGAAAUGCCGGCCGAUACCGUUAUCAAAGCGAUCAACAACCUCGAUCUCAAGCUACUCUCCCUGGAGAAUGUGGAGCUGUUACAGAAGAUUACUCCUACCGACCAAGAGCAAAAGCUAUACAAGGAGUACGUAAUAGAGAAGAAGGAUCUUAACCUAUUGACCGAGGAAGACAAGUUUAUGCUGCAGCUGACGAAAGUAGAACGAAUUUCGUCGAAACUAUCGAUAAUGAAUUAUAUAGGUAACUUUUUCGACAGCCUGCAUCUGAUCAGUCCGCAAGUUUACUCCAUCAUAUCCGCAUCAUCCUCUAUAAAGUCCUCCAAAAAAUUCCGUGCGGUACUGGAAGUGAUUUUGGCAUUCGGGAAUUACCUCAACAGUAGCAAACGCGGCCCAGCUUAUGGCUUCAAGCUGCAGUCUCUCGAUACUUUGCUGGACACUAAAUCGAACGAUAAACGUAUGAGCUUGAUGCACUACAUAGUAGCUACAAUCAGACAGAAGUUCCCCGAGCUUAUGAACUUCGAUACGGAGUUAUUCUGCAUUGACAAAGCAGCACAGGUGUCGCUUGAGAUGCUAAUAUCGGAUGUAAAUGAACUGGAAAAAGGCAUGGAAACGGUGCGCAAGGAGGCUGACCUACGUGGCAAGGGAACCCAAAGUCACGUAUUACGAGAUUUCCUCUCCAAUUCGGAAGAAAAGUUGAAAAAAAUACGAUCAGAUUGUAAAACAGCUCAGGAAUCGUUCAAAGAAUGUAUCGAAUAUUUUGGCGAAUCAUCACGGAAUGCCGAUGCAAAUGCAUUCUUCUCGUUGCUAGUCCGAUUCGUGCGAGCAUUUAAGUCUUGCGAUCAAGAAAAUGAACAACGCCGGCGCUUGGAAGCAGCGGCUCUACAAGCAUCGACUAAGAAGGACGAUGAACAGCAGGUGGUACUACGGAAUAACAAAAUCAAUAAUCAAAAGAAACAACAGGAGGCAGUUAUUAACGAACUAAAACUGAAAGCACACGCUGUGCGUGAAAAGAAAUUGCUCCAACAAGACGAAGUUUACAACGGUGCGCUAGAAGAUAUCCUACUGGGAUUAAAGAACGAGCCAUAUCGUCGAGCUGAUGCGGUCCGAAGGAGUCAACGUCGACGAAUUGAUAGCAACAGACUUUCGCGAACUAUGGAGGAAGUAGAAGUAUAAAUUAUCACCGUAUUUCUUUGGAAAACAUUGUAAACGAUGUAAAAUGAUUACCUCUUAGUUGUACAUGCUACUGAUACGUCAUUUAGUUUCACGUAUGAUAUUUUAAACGAGUUGACCUUCCUACGUACAAUUUAUGUUGCAAAAUGUGUAUUUGUAUAGUUCGUUUAAUAUAAUGUUAGACUAGGUGGGAUGACCUUUAAUUAAGUUCUUUUGGAUUUGUUUACGUGCACAAGUGUACAUUGGUGAUAAGGAACCGGUGCAGAAUCGUCUACAUCAAAUCUUAUAUUGAUGAGAGCAAACGGGAAAAGGGGAGCCUCAUGUAUUGAACGUAUAAUCAAAAUGAAACGAUUGAAACAUCAAAAAUGUAAAAUCGACUAUCAAAAAAUUAAAAAAAAUUACUUUGUCGAAUCAUUUAUCUUUCCCUCACUUUAAUGCAGAUCGUAUGCAUCACCGCAGAAAUUAUCAUCAAAAAUGUAAAAUCGACUAUCAAAAAAUUAAAAAAAUUUACUUUGUCGAAUCAUUUAUCUUUCGCUCACUUUAAUGCAAAUCGUAUGCAUCACCGUAGAAAUUAUCAGCAUUGUUUCUUCCUUUCUACAAACGCUUAUGGGAAGCGAAAGACAAAUGCAGUGAUAUCCAUAUCAAGUGAUUGCAGUGAUACCAGGUUAAGAUCAUACAUUUCGUUAGGUGGUAGUAGGUGCUGUACUAGUUCCAUGUCAUUCGUGUACAUUCAGCCAAUGUGCUACUGUAAACGACCAAUUGAACGGUUCGUUUGUUAACAACAUGUUUCUUAGUUCUUUAAAAGGCUCGCAGAUUAGUAGGGGUUGCCAUUGAGAAGUUUUUGUCCAUUUGUCUUACACACAGGUCUCUCUAUCGAAUGACAAUACAUAUACAUUCCAACGUUUUAUAUAUCAGGAUUAUUCAUCACCACGCACCGAUAGAGUUGACAAGUACGGCUGAUCGUUUGAAAAGUCGAUUUUUCUUCGGGAAGGUAGAAGUCCAGUUAGAUUCUAUUUGGAUCAAUGUGGACACCGCAGCGACGAUGUAUGAACACGCUAGGGAAGUGGGGAUCAAACGGGAAAAUGAACUCCUCUCGAUGGAAAUGACAAAUUUACUCGAAAUAAAGCUUUAUGUAAUCGAUCUUGCAUGCAAGAUCGUCAAUGUAAUAAUAAUAUGCCAGUCAAAGACAGCCUUCGCAGUGCACAUUAUUAAGGAACGGAAAAUGGACUGACUGAAACAUGAGUUUUUGAACGAUUUUACAAUUUGUAGAUUAAAAAAAAUAAAGAUCAUUGCAAACCAAAAGCAUUGCGUCCAACGUAUACCAGCUUAAUUGCAUGUAAAUAGUCACAAGAAUCAUAAGCAAACACUUUGGUGCUUACACAUGGUCAAUAAAAAACGGUUUAAUAAGAGAAAAAAAUUAUGCAUACGAACAAAACUGAAUGUUAUCACUGUGGAAAUUCCAAUAGU